UCACUCUCAAAUAUACACAGAGCGAGAGAGAAGGUCGGAAGAGUGAGAAAAUGAGGCCUGAUUCAGUGACUAUCGUCUCGAACUGCACUGUAAUUCCUGAGAAGAAAUCGAGCCUUGGAGAUCUCAAACUGUCGGCCUCCGAUCUCCCAAUGCUCUCUUGCCAUUACAUUCAGAAGGGGGGCCUCUUUACUCGUCCUCCUUUCCCAAUUGAUGCUCUCCUCGCUCUUCUCAAGCGCGCACUUUCUUCUACUCUGGUGCAUUUUCCGCCACUCGCCGGCCGUUUGAUCACCGACGCCCAUGGUUACGUCUACAUCACUUGCAAUGACGCCGGCGUUGAUUUCAUUCACGCCAAUGCCGGGCAUAUAUUCAUUCGAGACCUUUUGUCUCCCAUCCAUGUUCCAGACUCCUUCAAGGAGUUCUUCGCAUUCGAUAGAACUGUUAGCUAUGAUGGCCAUUUCAAACCGAUUAUGGCGGUGCAGGUGACUGAACUAGCCGACGGAGUCUUCAUCGGUUGUGCAGUUAACCAUGCUGUCACCGAUGGGACGUCUUUUUGGAACUUCUUCAAUACGUUUGCGGAUUUGUCCAGGGGGCUAAAGAGAAUUUCGAGGGCUCCGUGCUUUGAGCGGAAAUCGGUGCUGAUUUCGCAGGCAGUGCUGAUGGUUCCCCAAGGAGGUCCCAAGGUAACCUUCUCCGGCGAUGCACCGCUAGCCGAGAGAAUCUUUAGCUUCAGUAGAGAAGCGAUUCUGAAGCUUAAAUCAAAGGUGAACAAUCAUCAAUCAUCGUGCAUCGGAGAAAUUGACGCCAUUGAAAUACUGGGAAAGCAAAGCAACGAUCCUUGGAAGCCGGACCAGAAAGCAAGCGGAAAGGUCACAUCAGUUUUGGAGAACUGGCUAAAAAACGCCGUCGCCGUCUCAAAACCCCAAACUGAUUGUCCAAAUCAGACAGUGGAAAUCUCAUCGUUCCAGUCCCUCUCAGCGCUUCUAUGGCGCGCCGUGACGCGAGCUAGAAAGUUCCAUCCCUCCAAAACGACGACGUUCCGGAUGGCGGUGAACGUCCGCCACCGCCUGGAGCCAAAGCUGGACCCGCUCUACUUCGGCAACGCGAUUCAGAGCAUCCCAACCUACGCCUCCGCUGGCGACGUCUUGUCUCGGGAUCUGAGAUGGUGCGCUGAACAGCUCAACAGCAACGUCAAGGCUCACAACGACGAUAUGGUGCGCAAGUUCAUAGGGGAUUGGGAGAGCAGCCCAAAGUGUUUCCCACUCGGGAACUUCGACGGCGCAAUGAUCACGAUGGGCAGUUCUCCACGAUUCCCGAUGUACGAUAACGAUUUCGGGUGGGGCAGACCCAUGGCCAUUCGGGGCGGGCGGGCCAACAAAUUCGACGGCAAGAUUUCCGCCUUUCCCGGACGUGAGGGUGGGGGGAGCGUUGAUCUGGAGGUGGUCUUGUCGCCCGAAACCAUGGCGGGUCUUGAAUCCGAUUCGGAGUUCAUGCAGUACGUAACGGGUUGUGCGUGAGCUUCACCACUCAUGGUCGCAACUUUCGAAGGCAUGUGUUUUCUGGUCCACUGUGUAUUCGACGGUUAUGAUUUGAUGUGGAUGGCUGGGGUUGGGGGGCGAGGGGGCUUUCUUUGUCUAUUUGUGACAUAUCCUUAGUGGUAAUAAUAAUAUAUUUAUAUUUCGUUGUGGUUUUGCUUUUUGGCCAA